AUGUCUGGGGUACGCACGCGCACUGGAGGCUUGGAACACUACAAGACGACGAAAAAAUUACGGUACCGUUUCGGAGUGAUUUUGGAUGAGUUGAACAAAGAAGAAAGUAUAUCAUACCGAGCAGCUCUGUUGGGCUUCAUUAACUGUUUGAUAAUUUAUUCCAAGGACAUCGAGGACAGAGUUCGAAUUCGUAACGAGUUCAUCGGACUCAAACUUCUAGAGGUUUUAAACCGUCUUAGGAAAGUAGAAGAGCAUGACUCCGACCUGACUGUACAACUGUACGUCUUUGACUCUCACAAGGCCGACGAUGAUGAGCAAUUACCGGGCACGAAGGGAGUCGACCUCAACUCCCCUCUGGACGUCUUCACCGCCGUCUACAAACAGGUCUGUGACACUCCACAAGAAGUCAAUUUUGUGACAAUCUUGAGGCAUUUAUUACAAAUCGAUCCAAAUGAGUCUGUGAGUGACAUCGUUUGGCAAACGGUGGAAAAACUGGUUCUCAAGGCCACAGUCUUGGACAAGCCUGGCGAUGCAGAAAAGCUGUUAAUAUCUGCCACAAAAAGACUUGAAGCCGUCUCUGACGGACGAGCAUGUGAUUGCUGUUGCCAUAAAUCGGAGCGUGUUCGUCACCGAGCCCGAGGUAUGGGUGGGUCAGGUCCCAGCACCCCUGAUGGACCAGCGCCACCCUUCCCGGGAGUCGGGACAGCACCAGCUCCGCCACCCCCACCCCCACCGCCUCCGCCACCACCUGGAAUAGCACCACCACCGCCUCCCCCACCGCCUGGUGUGCCACCUCCGCCCGCUCCCCCUGGGUGCGGACCUCCACCACCGAGCAUUAGCCCACAGGUGAAGCUACCUCAACAAAACAUCCCCAAGCCUAAAUCUAAAAUGAGAACUCUACAGUGGCAGAAGAUUCCAGCCAACAAGAUCGUACUGGGCAAGCCGAACAUGUGGCGAAUGGUGGGCAACUACUUCAACGGGUACAAAGUGGAUUUCGAUUCCAUGGAUGAGUUGUUUGCCCUGAAGAAUCCGAACGCAGACGCCGACAAAAAAAAUAGUGGUACAGCAACUCUGGAGAAAAAGAAGAAGUCAGAGAGCAGCGAGGUGAAUCUUCUAGACGGAAAACGCAGCCUAAAUGUGAACAUCUUCCUGAAGCAGUUCAAGGCCACAAAUAAAGAAAUAGUGGACAUGCUACGGAAUGGAGAGAGUUCAAAGUUCGGAGCAGAAAGGUUGAAGGGCUUGCUAAAGAUUUUACCUGACAAAGACGAGAUUGACGCUUUGACAACGUUUGAAGGUGAUAAGACAAAGUUAGGCACAGCUGAAAAGUUUUUCGUUGAACUCCUAGGACUGCCAAAUUACAAACUUCGGGUAGAAGGACUUCUCACCAAAGAGGAAUUUUGGGCCAACUUAGAAUGGAUUAACCCUGCUCUGGAUGCAGUGAUCGAGACGGCAAAAGAUGUGAAACAAAGCAAAGAGCUUCAAGAAGUGUUGUAUCUCGUUUUACUGACAGGAAACUAUCUGAACGCCGGAAAUUACGCUGGGAACGCAGCUGGGUUCAAGAUGUCCUCUCUUCUCAAAGUUACUGAGACUCGAGCCAACAAACCCAAAAUGAAUCUCAUGCACUAUGUCGUUCUGGAGGCUGAAAAGAAGAGUCCUAAAUUGCUGAAGUUUGCUGACAAACUAAAGUUCUUAAAAGAUGCCGCACAAGUCUCUAUGGAAUCGCUGACCACCGACAUCCACAAUUUAGCCAACCGAGUGAAGAGCUUGUCCCGCCAAAUUGGAUCAGCAGGAAAGGACUUCCAAAGGCAGAUGGCAGAGUUUCUGGCGAAUUCCACUAAAGAAGUGGAGGAGCUAGAAGGAGACUUGCUGGAUGUAGAAACCCUCAGGCUGGAGCUGGCUGAUUUCUUCUGCGAAGAUCCACCGACUUUCCAGCUGGAGGAAUGUUUUAAGACUCUGAGGACCUUCUGUGAGAGAUUCCAGAGAGCACUUGAGGAAAACAAAGACAGACAAAUCCAGGAGGAAAAGAAGCUAGCUAGGAUGAAGUCAACUCAAUGUUUACCGGAUAAGAAACCACAAACAUAUCCUGACGAGGGCGAGUUAGAGGAAGAUUUGUCGGAGGACGAAAGCUGCAUCGUGGACAUGUUAUUAGCUGACGUCCGGAGCGGGUUUGCAAAUCGGAAGACUGGAGAUAGCAAUUUCUCCAUCAAAAAAGUGCACAAAGUGAACCUGAACGAUAGCGACGUGCAGUCAGGUGUGUCCACGGGCCAAGGGGAAGCACACGGCAAGUUUGUGCGCGGAGGAUUUGGUCGUGUCAGCAUGAAGAAGCUGAUGUUUGAGACUAUUGCUCAAGAAGGCGAUGAUUCGAUGGAUGUGGAUAGUUCCUCGACCCCUACACUAAACAACGGGACAGGAAACGUUCGAAGAAACCGUGAUGGUGUGUCUGAUGACAGACUUAUCAGUUUCCUUUCGCAAACCAAAGACUGUGAUAAAGCAAAUGAAUUCAAACCCGAGAGAGUUGGGAGUCUCCGACGAAGGCGAGUGGAAAGACGCGAGCGGCGAAGUGUAUUGGACCCUGUACUUUUUGGACGAGAACGCGCAGCUUCUCCAAAUGUGGAGUCCCCUGACAUUAAUAAUGACAGUGCUAACAGCGUGGCCAUGCGCAACUCUGUUAACCGUUCUGUGAGUAGACCUGCGUCUGAAGAACUUACCUCACCUGCUGAUCAGAAUCGGCGUGGUCUGCGGAGGACGCGCAGCUUGCUGGACAAAAGGGACAUGGAACAAGCUCUCUCUGACUCCAAUCGCCCAAACACCCCAGAUGUGGUUAGUGAGUCGGAUGAGACUGACGGUGUCCUAGAGAGAUCGCGCAGGCGGCUUCUCAGGCGGUCGAUGCGAGUCAAAGAAGAAAAGGACAAAGAACAUAGUUCCACUGAGUCCAGCAUGGCUGACGUCAAGCCAAUAUCACCACCCAAAACACAAGCUCCCAGCCCAGUGACACCUAGCCCCGAGCCGGACUCGGAAUGGCAGCAAAGAGGCUCUAUGAGAUGGAGGAGUAAUGUGCCAUCAGAUUUGCGAAGUUUACAAACUAUAGUCGAGAAGGAAAGGCUUGAUGUGAAAGACACUAAACCUAUUCCACCAUCUUCUCUUUGUACAGACACUGUUCCUGCCCCUAAAAUUCAAAAACUUUCUCCAGAAUAUACAGCUUCUACACCUCCAAAUCCUCCUUGUCCGGAAAAGACAGAAGAAUCUGUGGCUUCUAUUGAGCGCAGCAAAGAACAGCUGGCCAAAAUAUACAGUGCUAUUGAUCAAGCCGAAAUUGACCAAAUACUGAAUUCAAUUGGAGAAAUCGAUGAUGCUGAUGAGGACAUGGAAAAUUCUGGAGAACCUGAAAACAGACAUGUCUCUGUGUCUGUGCGAGCUAAGCUUACCCGUCGUUGGCACAGUGAUCUUGGAGAAGGUGCCAUUGACAAGAUCCUGAAAGCCAUCGACGAAUCGGGUACACCAAUAGACAGGGUGAAGAAUCCCGGUGAUUUGGUCAACGCUGGGAAAAAUAACAGAAAAGACAUUCGCAACAAACCGGAUAUAUCAGCUUCCCUUUCUCCGAGAGCUCCGAGGAAAACGUCGGUAGUGAGAAAGCCAUCUCUACGGGAAAGUAUGGAAUCAAAAGACGCAGCUGUUCGGCAAAGAAGAAAACAGCGAGCCCAAGUGUCACCAGAUGAUAUCCAAAAGGUUUUGAAGAACGGGCCCGUUAGGAAUAUCAUCGACAGAGUAGCUAAAUCACCUAGACCAGUGACUUCUUCUUCUAGAGUGACGCGCUCUAUUUCACUCAAGGAAAAAGCCAGACCCGUUGCGAACACAGACAAACCAAAGACAGAGGAAUGUAAAGAGGCAAGAACUCCAAAACUUACCGGGAAGCGAAAAUUUAGAGCCGAUAGAUUCGGGGAGAAAGAAUCUAACGAACAGUCACGCACUCGAAGUCGCAGCAAUGUUGAAAAAGAGGCAGUCGAACAAGCUCUCACAGAUCUACAAGGAACAAUGAGUCGAUCAAAAUCAUACGACGAAGCAGUUGCCAAGGCUCAGUCCAAUACAGGAGAAACUGUCCUCCACAUGGACAGCAACAGCAACCCUGAAGUUAGCAACAACCGAGCUGUAAGAAGGACUGGCUCUGUGAAACUUCCGGCAGACGGCAGAAGGCAUAGUCGAUACAUCCCUGGCGAUGACAGUGAUAGUGACGCUCCAACUACUAGCAGGAUGACACCUCGUCGACGGAAGUCAAAAGACAGUCCAAAGAACUUAAGUAGAUCAUCAGUGUGCUCUGCUAACACAUCGACAGAGACUCUUCGUGCCGAAAACAUUAGUGGGGAAUCAUCCCCAGAACAACGUAGAAAGAUUUCCGAAACAAACUCCUACUGUAAUAAUCCGGAUGAAGAGUUUGUGAGCGAACGGAAUAUGCGUAACCACACUGAACGACUCGUUGACGACAAGGAAGGCGUUCUUCGGCGCGUUGAACUCCAGGCUAGCACUCUAGACGAGGAAUCUCCUUCUGCCCGUAUGGCAAGAUGGCGUCUGAAACGCCAUGGUCAGAAUAGCGGUGACCCGUAUGACAUUAAUGAUAACAGAUCACCUAAUUUGCUUCACCCUGACGAUGCUAGAACAGAUAGUUAUAUGCCAACUAUAAUCCACGAGCCCCAGACUAGCAACCUGUCGUCUCUCUCGGAGGGCUCCCGGGCAAGUUUUGCGUCCGACCGAGAUGAAGGUUUUGAGAGUCAGUCACAGGGAACGGUAUCCCAGAGAACGUCUUUGUGCAGUGGCCCAGAGGAAGGUUCUAUUACCCCGACCUUGGCGCGAAAGCAGUACUUCAAGAAACUCAUUGAAGUCGCCGAUGAUGCCAAUAACCCUACUGGCAUGUAUCACAGCAACGGAUACAGCCAUGACAAAGUUGAUUCGUGGACAGAUAAAGACUCACUUCUCAAUUCCUCAAUGGACUCUUCGAACAUUGCCCUGGACGAAUCCUGCGCCGAUCCAGUUAUUUCUCACAAAGGUAGUAUGCGAUCCAAGUCCUCCGACCCUAAACCACGAAACCCGAAACUUGUUAGCUUACCAAGCUACAUGAGAGGCACAUCCAGCAGUGCUAAGAAAGUCGGCAGAGACAGUCCAGUGACGAAGAGGCCGUCUUCCGCUGCGGCACGAUCACCGGCUGCUAACAGAAAUCUUAACAAAAGCAUAUCGGGUUCUAACAACAGCGUUGCGUCGACGGCUCCGUCAGAUACUCAAGUCAUGACUCGCUCUGCAACCAUGUCUCCCUCGAAGCGGAAGGUGUUGGCGUCUAGUUUGCAGGCGUCGUCAUCGCGACUGAGCGCCGGAACACCCACCAGUUCUCGAUCCUCCACCCCUUCCACAGCGAAUUCACCAUUCAGGCGUACCCAGUCAGUGAGACUGUCUUCCUCCGCUCGAAGAAGUCUCGGUUCCGAGUCCUCGCCAUCCAGCGGCCGAGACACCCCAUCUAAAACCGGGGUGAGCCGUGCUCCAAGCUUCAUGGCUCCAACUAGUGCCUCAAAACAACGAUCUGAAGAUCAGCCAAAAUCUGACCGAAAGUCUCACCCCUCUUCGCUUACCUCUCCUACACAGUCGAGUUUGGCGCGAGCAGGAAGCACCCGAACCUCGGCGCGCUCUCCUGCCCCAAACAGCGUUCGGAAGGACGCCAUGACGGGCUCAAAAGACAAAACAAAACCUAAAUCUGAUAACAAAGUGAAAACUUUGAUUUCCAAAAUAGGCAGCAGAGGAAAGCAAGAUAUGCCCAACGGAAAUACUUGUCUGGAAAAUGAAUCUAUUUCUGAAGGAGGGGAAUUGUGUGAGGAUAUUCUUGAAGUCCCUGGAGAAGAGAACUACGUGGAAUCGGCGUCCAAAGACAAAUCUCCCUCGUUUUUUCGGCGAAUUGUUGCAAAGGGAAAGGAGAAAGCGUCAGUGAGAAAGUCUGACGGUAAUACGAAAACUGACGUUGUGGACAAAUCUGAGAAAAAGAAGAGAUCAUCAGUGCAAGCUAAGUGAAUGGAGGAAUAUGGUCUCUUUGCAUACACCAGUGUCUGUGUGGAACAGAAUGUAGUUUUGUGAAAUGCCUGUUUGUGCCUGUUUCUAUGCCGGUAUGUGGAACCUAUAUUUGUGUUUCUGUUACAGUGUGAGAGAUAUAUGGGACUAAUAUCAGUGCUACAUUGACACUGUAGCACGAAAUCUACUUCUGUGUGACUGUGGAAGUGUAACGGACGUACAAUAUUUACAUUUGUCUUCCUGUUACGGUGUCACAGAUGUAAGACACCUACAUCCGUGUGACAGUGUUAUGAACAUACCAUAGCUACAUCUGUGUUCUUGUGACAGUGCGACACUGGUAAUUUACCCGACCCUGUGCCUUGCCAAAGGUUAUCAUUUUUUGCCUAUUAUGACAUGAUCGUCAUUUUCUCGAUUUCAUUUUCCAUCUGACCUGGCAUUACAAGGUUAUGAUAAGUAGUGUCAUAAAAGACUAAGGGAGCUCUGUAUCUGACAGAACCUUCAUGGGAGGAGACACGGGGACGGUGGCGGUGUACAGCCCUUAUAACUGUGAUAGUAGCUUUAACUCGUACGACUCGUUGUGUACUAUUUACAUACGGGAGAGGCACAGUCCAAGCAUAAUAUGUCCGUCAAUAUUGCAUACUAACCUAAAGUAUCAGUGUUUAUGUUUUAUCUUUCGAUUUUUGCUUUUUCGUUGUUUAUCUUCGAUUGAACUUACAUUGCCAUUCUCUUUGUUUGUGUUUAGAUGUAUAUCACGUGAUGAACACCGCGUAUUUAAUUAUCACGUUUAAUAUAUUCGGCAAAGAAGUAGAUAAGUUGUUGUCAUAGUGACGGGACUAUGCUAUGAUGGGGCUUAAUAAAAGGCCUGAUAAACUGUUGAUCCAAAGCAUGGGGCUAAAGCCUUCUCAUUGGAGAUCACCAGAACUGAUACCGGUGCUAGCAAAAAUAUUUAGAAGCCUUUCCUAGCGAUCAGUGCUAUAGUUUACUUUUCCGUUGCGUUUUCGUGCGCUGAUGCUGUAUUGUUACAAAUAUAACUUUACCGUAAGUGCCGCAUACUUUAUGGGGCUGUACUGCAUGUGAUAAUCUUUAUCACGCAGUAUUGCUAAACUAAAUCGGCCGAAUCGCCGUGUUUGUUGACGAAACCAGUAUGGUUAGACGAUGAUAGUUUUGAAGGUAGAUCAAUGCGAGGGCAACUAGGUAGCCAUUAGCAAUUCGACAUCUCUUUUUUCUCAGAGGGAAUGUAGUUGUAGUGAUUUCCAACUAACUCGCUUGUCAGACUUGUGACAGAUAUGUCCACCUAUGUGAUGCAAUGUGUUACCACCCCUAAGUCAAAUUUGUCUAUUGGUUGGUAUGUUUUUUUCUAAGUUUAAUUAAGUGAGCAAUGGCAGCUUAUUUGCUGUUGUUCAUUUGUUCCACUGGGAAACCGGGGACAGUGCCCUUUUGCCAUUAUCCUUUUCUCACGUGAUUCCCGCACAUGUGAAACUUUUGUCUCCUAAUUUAUUUUUUAACGAGUUACGAGAUAACUAACUGCCCCUCAUGCAAUAAUGUGAAAGACCAAUUGUUUAUUAAAGCCAAAUGUGAGAGGAAGACACCUAUGAAGCUUGCACAGCGACACCUAUCGAAGAACCUCUUAAAUGUGUAUGCAAAAUCCGUCAUUAACCGUUAUUGCUUUGCGUGGCUUAAUCCAUGUAUUGCAUUAUUAUUUUUAUUUAUACUGAUUAUCCCCCAUGAGUAUUCAUUUAAAUUCUGGGGAUGUUUAAAGCUUACCAGGAGGAUGGUGUAGUGAAACUAAGGCUUGAACUUAUGACCCAGUCACAGCUGUUUCAUUUUCCACACCUGUCAAGUUUGCCAUUAGUUUAUGUAUAUUUCAUGCCGUUUGUUAAACUUUUGCCAAAACAUUUACCAUUGCCAUUGAUAUAAGGUGACUAGCUUGCUUGUCCAAAAUCACGUAACGAAUAUCUGACUGAUUCUAAGAAUCCAAUAUCUACGCAGUACCAUUCGUUGGCACACGUUUCCUUGUCCCAUUCAUGUAUGAAUUUGCACUUGUCAUUAAUGAACAAAAGCGUUGGUGAAAGUUGAAGAAAGGCAGCGAUGUUUGCAGGGACGAGCGCCUCUAUUAGCUGACCCGUGUGUCACCAAUCGUAUCAGUCUGACAAAUGUAAUCUUUCACCGGUUUAAUCCUUUGCACAUUUACAAACACGUGAUGAUAGUGAAAACGAUUUUUUCACACGUAUCUAUUAAUUUUACACAUGAAUAUACUUAAAUUAAAACAGAUAUUGCCUUUUUUCGACUGUUUUUGUACGUUACGGGUGAAGUCUUUAAAUCGGUGUGUGUUGAGGUGUCAGGGGCACACGGAUAACAUAAAGUGAUGUGGUUGAAAUGGCUGCACAUAUGCACAAUCUGACCUAACAGUAUGUUCGUCCAUGUCAGUUUGGUUCGUACAACCUGAGUGAACGGUUCGCAAGUUUGUGAAAGUUGUACAACCAGAGUGCACGGCAUGCUCGUCCCUGAGAAUUGUACAACCCGACUGGACGGUUCGUAUGUUUGAGGAAGUUGUACAACCUGAGUGCAUGGCAUACAUGUCCCUGAGAAUCGUACAACCUGAAUGGACUGUUCGUAUGUUUAUGGAGGUUGUACAACCUGAGUGUACGGCAUGCUCGUCCCUGGUAAUCGUACAACCUGGUUUUCUUGUCUGUGACGUUUGGCACAGUCUGAAUUUAGAUUAAGCCUUUGGAUGAAAUUGUAUAUAGUUCCACUUUUGCAUGUGUAUAUCCAAUUUGACAAUUGUACACGACACAUAUAAAAUGCCAAUAAAUAUCUGAAAACUUCCC